AUGGCAACACCAACAUCAACGGCAAAGCAAGUAACAUACUGUGGAGUUUGUUCGCUGCCUCCGGAGUACUGCGAAUUUGGGCCAACUCUUGAUAAGUGCAAGAAAUGGUUGCAAGAAAAGCAUUCCGAGUUGUUUCAUAAGCUUUACUCUCAAAUUGAACUCGUAGAAAAGUUAGCUAACACAUCAUUGGAAGAGAAACCAAAUGAGGUAGAAGACAAAAAGAAAGCAAAAGAGGCUGCAAAGAUAGAACGUGAAUUGCAAAAAAAGAUGACUUCCAAGGUCAUCAUCACACGGAUCGCACGAAAUAAACGAAAAUGUGUCACGAGUGUUUACGGUUUACAAAAUUUCGACAUUGAUUUGAAAAAAGCUGCAAAAUCCUUUGCAACAAAAUUUGCCUGUGGUUCCUCUGUUGUCAAAAAUAAUCAAGGAAAUGAUGAGAUCGUUGUACAAGGAGAUGUUUCUGAUGAUCUGUUCGACUUUAUAUUAGAAACAUGGAAAGAUGUUCCAGAAGAUAAUAUUGAACUUACAGAAGACAAAAAAUCAAAAAAAUGA